GAAAAACUUGGAUAGCCGGUGAGAGAAUGUCGUCGUGCAAGGGAGAGGGGGCGGGGGGGUAAAGUACAAUGGAGCUGGUAGCAUCCGUGCGCGGAGAGAGAGAGAAAGAGAGAGAGAAAUAUUGUGAGUAAGAGAGAGAGAGACGGCGAGAGUGCGAGAGAGAGAGAGCGAGAGAACGAGAGAGAGCCCCCCUGAAGUUAGUGAGGAGGAUCCACUGGCUGCGCUCACAAGCGUCACGUCGCUAGAGCCGCCACACUGCCACGUGACCUCGCCAGCCGGCUCUCAGCGCUGCGGGGAGCAUCACUGGUCACAUCAUCGCCGAGCACGAGAGGCGGUGGACAGCGCCGACGUGAACCUACCGUCACUCCCGAACUCAUUUGCAUACUGACUGACUUCCGCCCAUAGCGUUCUGCGCUCUCUCGCCGCCGCGGCAUCACCGGCAGCCACUCGAUAUGUCGCGAUACGCGGAGGACACGCGAUCAUCGCCCGGAAGAGCGACUUAAACCUCGGCUUGUGUCGUAGGAUCGCGAGGAAGACGCCGCGCUGAGCUGCCGCGUUGUGUUUCCUGUCGGUCUGAGAAGAGGCGGGCUCCCGAGGAGCCGCGCGUCCCCCGUGAUGUCAGGGCUUUCCCGAGGCUUCGCACACCGUCUGCGGAGGUCCACCGCCGGGCUCCCCCUCCCCUCCUAGGCCGUCCUCACGGGUCUAUGCCGGAUCUGCGAGUCGCGCCGGUUAGAGCACGGAGCUCCACGUUUGCAGCAGCGGCAGGGGGUCGCUGGACCCAUCUGAUCCGGUCUCUGACCGGUCCCCGGUCUCAGGUCUGUGAUCCGGUCUCCGGUGUCUGAUCUGGUCUCGGCCCGGUCUCUGGUCUCUGGUCUCUGGUCGGUCUGGGGUUCCUCGGGACCCAGUGGUAAAGCCGGGGAAGACUGCGCACUUUCCCCCUGAGGUCUUGACUCCUGCGGGGACUAUGUGGGCCCUAGGGUCCGGGCGAGGGGUCCUGAGGUCCGGGUAGGGGACCAUGAAGUAUGGCCGGACACCUGAGAGGGGCCCCUAGCCGAACCUAUUAAUGUCUCGGAGUUCGGGAAACUCAUCUGGGUCCCGAAGUCGCACCGAGCGGCUCGGACCCUCAUAAGGUCUCCGGAUAUCAACAAUGACCGAUGGAUGUUAUGGAUGUUAUGGAUGUUACGGAUCAGUGAUCAAAAGAGGAUUUCAAACUAGUUGGUGUUAGAUGAUUCUUCUACUCGGACCCAGGACUCGGGACCUGUUCUGUGAUUUCACCUUAAGGGACUGCGGAGUUUGGGGUCCCGGUUGACCCCGGGUCUGUGUGUGUGUGUGUGUGCGUGUGUGUGUCUGUGUGCGAGUGUGUGUGAGAGAGAGAGAGUGUGUGUGUGUGCGAGUGUGUGUGUGUGUGUGUGUGCGUGUGUGAAGGGGACCGCUAGGUGCGUGGUGUGUGUGUGUGUGUGUUUUUAUUUAUUUAUUCCGCUUUAUUGACCCGCACGAUGAGCUGCGUGCGCAGCGUGGUCUUGCUCCUGCUCCAGGGACUCGUCCUCUACGUGGUCCUGGGCCUGGACACGUCCCGCUCGGACCUGCUACCGGGCCACUCGAGCGAGACCGCGGCGCACGCCGUGGUGACCACAGACCCGUGCUCCACGGUGCGGCCGCCAUGCGUCAGCGAGGACGACCGCUUCAGCCUGGACGCGCUGCGGCACAUCCACAAGCAGCUGGACGACGACAAGGACGGCGGCAUCGAGGUCAACGAGAGCGUGGAGUUCAUCAUAGAGGACAUGAAGCAGAAGCAGACCAAUAAGCACAGUAACCUCCACCACGAGGAUCAGCACAUCACCGUGGAGGAGCUGUGGAAGGGCUGGAAGUCAUCCGUAGUCCAUAACUGGACCACGGAGGAUGCGGUCCAGUGGCUGAAGGAUUCUGUGGAGCUGCCUCAGUACGAGACCAACUUCAGAGACGCUCGGGUCACAGGAAACACCUUACCACGACUAGCGGCCAACGAGCCGUCGUUCAUGUCCAUGCAGCUGAAGAUCUUAGACCAGCGACACAAACAGAAGCUCAACCUCAAGGCGCUCGACGCAGUGCUGUUCGGACCGCCUCUGCGUCCGCCCCACCACUGGCUGAAGGACUUUGUGCUGAUGAUCUCCAUCGUGAUCGGAGUGGGCGGCUGUUGGUUCGCCUACGUCCAGAACAAGUCCAGCAAGGUGCACAUCUCCCAGAUGAUGAGAGACCUGGACAGCCUGCAGAACGCAGAGCAGAGCCUGAUGGACCUACAGGGACGGCUGGAGAAGGCCCAGGAGGAGAACCGCACCGUGGCGGUGGAGAAGCAGAACCUGGAGCAGAAGAUGCGUGACGAGAUCUACGGGGCGAAGAAGGAGGCGCACCGUCUCAGGCAGCUGCGGCAGGGCGCCGAGUGCGAGCUCAGCCGCCUCAAGUACGCCGAGGAGGAGCUGGUGCAGGUGCGCAUGGCCCUGAAGCGGGCAGAGAAGGAGAUGCAGUCGGAGUGGUCGCUCCCCGAGGCGCUCCAGAUGUGGCUGCAGCUCACCCACGAGGUGGAGGUGCAGUACUACAACAUCAAGAAGCAGAGCGCAGAGCUGCAGCUGUCCAUCGCCAAGGACGAGGCGGAGAAGAUCAAGAAGAAGAGGAGCUCUGUGUUUGGAACGCUGCAUGUGGCCCACAGCUCCUCCCUGGACGAGGUGGACCACAAGAUCCUGGAGGCCAAGAAGUCCCUGUCGGAGGUGACGGCGUGCCUGCGGGAGAGGCUCCACCGGUGGCAGCAGAUAGAGAAGCUGUGUGGCUUCCCGGUGGUCAACAACUCGGGGCUGCCCAGCCUGACGACCACGCUGUACUCGGACCACAGCUGGGUGGUGAUGCCCCGCGUCUCCGUGCCCCCCUACCCCAUCGCCGGGGGCGUGGACGACCUGGACGAGGACACGCCCCCCAUGAUGUCACAGUUCACGUCCUCCUCGAUGAUCCGUCCCCAGCUGACGCGUAACAGCAGCCUUUGUCGCUCGCGCCGCAGCCUGAUGUCCUCCCAGUCGUCCUCCAUGCUGUCCCAGGACCCCGACCUCCUCUCCAUGACGAGCACCCCCCUGUCCUACCACCCGGAGCAGGACGGGGAGCGCCUCUACUUCAGCUCGGACCGGAGGGAGGCGGUCCAGGAGAGCUACUCUGACGCCGACUCGCUGAGCUCCUCGCUGGGCUCCUCCCACGGCCGCAAGGCCCCCGAGGGCCCCUACCGCAAGUUCUCCCGCGAGGAGCUGCUCCAGUUCAGCCAGGAGCCGCCCCCCUCCGCCUACUCCUCCGCCCAGUCCCCCUCCUCCGCCUCCAGCUACACCCCCCGGGACUCCACCCCUCCCCCCACCUCCACCUCCCUGCCCCCCACCCCCUCCUCGGGCCCCCCCUCCUCCUCCCCCUCCCCGGCGCUGGAGCACCGCCCCUUCGGGAAGGGGUCCCCCGACCUGACCCGUCUGCCCGAGGCCCCCGGCACGGGCUACCCCUCCAAGGGGCCGGCGGGCAGCGGCCCCCCCCACCAGGGCAGCGGGGGCCCCCACCAGGGGGGCAAGGGCGCCUACAACGGCCUCCUGGAGAAGUCGUACAGCUUCGGCCAGCUGCCCGCCGGCAUGCUGCCCGGGGCGGCGGGGGUGAAGGGGGCGGGCGUGGGCAGCUACCAGUCGCUCACCUCCCUGGACCUGGGGGGCCGCGCCGAGGCCCCCCGGCUGCAGAGCGCCUCCUCCUCCCAGGACUCCAGCGACAACGGCGAGAAGGCGCGGCGCUCCAAGAUCAAGAGCCUGUUCAAGAAGAAGAAGUGAGGGAGGGAGGGAGGGAGGGAGGGAGGGAGAGGGGGAGAGGGGGGAGGGCUGGGUGGAUGGACCUGAGUGUAUGGGAGGGCAGGGAAACAGACUAUGAAGAGACAAUGUUAUUUAACCCCUUAUUUAAAACUAAAAACUAAAAAAAGAAUUGACCGUUUUUUUUUCCCUUCGUUUUUUUCUUUAUUUGGAUUAUUUCUUGAUUUUUUUCUUCUCGGUUUUCUUUGUUCGGAGAAGGAAUGUAGCGCUGUCCAGCGCCCGGCCGUGUCUCGCUAACGCCUCGUUGUCUCGUCUCCAUCGCCUCCGCCGCCUUCAGAGGGCAAGGAAAGGUCAAAGGGUCGAAGGUGAAGCCGUACUGGUGUCCCUCUUAAUGUAUUCUUUUAAUACUUUGAAGAAUUGUUUUCACAAAAAGUCACUUUCCUGUUUUGUCCUGUCGUUGUUUUUGGUGCAAUCCUUAACUCAAGCUAACUUAACUGAACCUGACGAAACACAAGGGGCGUCCAUCUUGUGUUGUUCCCUCUAACACUCUGAACUACAACCAUCGUCACCUUCAACCCCUCCGCACGAAGAAACAAGAAACAGCAACGACAACAGAAACUGCCAUACAACAGCACUUUGUAAAGAUCCUCAUGUUGGAGAUAUUUUUUGUUAAAACUUAAUUUUAAACCCUCAAGUUCUGGAUUGCAUCCCCCCCCAGUGAAGUGUUUUUUCUUUUGGCUUCUAGUGCUUUAUAAUGAAAGAGAGAGAUCGAGGGCUUUGGGUUUCAUGAGAGGAGAGGAAUCCUCUGGAAGAAGGCUCUUGGUUCUUCCCCAAACAAGAAGAUUUGUUGCACUACUGUUCUCCUGGUCUCCCGGCCGGUCCAGGUCGUCUGUGCGCUGACAGCCGCUGUCCUCGAGGGUUGAAUCGUCCCGAGCUACGUGCUAACCGCUAACGGCUAACGGCUAACGGCUAAGCGACCCUCUCAGACGCGACCUUUACAUUUACGCUGCGCCCUCCGCCGACGGGGAAGUCGACACGAGGCGGACAGAGGCGGAACACUAUGUGUUCAUCUGUGGGCAUCCUCAUCCUCAUCUUCAUCGUCCCAUCAUAGAGAUCCCCUGAUGUCACUGGAGGGGGGGGAUGCCCAGAGUCUGGGGGGCCGGAGAUGAAGGAGGCGUGGCCUCAGGGUCCGGGGGCAGGGCCGGUGAAGGAGGUGUGGCCUCAGGGUCCGGGGGGCAGGGCCGGUGAAGGAGGUGUGGCCUCAGGGUCCGGGGCCGGUGAAGGAGGCGUGGCCUCAGAGUCCGGGGAGGCGUGGCCUCAGAGUCCGGGGGGCUGGCUAUGAAGGAGGCGUGGCUCAGACUUAGGGCCGGUGGAGAUCAUCAGCUAAUAAACCACUAAACCUCUGGUCCUCUGCCUCCUCCAUAUAUAUAAGAUACUGUAUACUUUUGUUUUUACAUGAUGUACUUAUAGAUGUUUUUAAAAUAGAUUUCUAUCGGUGGGGGUUGAUGAGGAGAGGCUUUACUUUAUUUUUGCUUUCUAAAGAAAGUUGGAGAAUUGUGCAGACUUUAAUUUAUCUCACACCAGCUCACUGAACUCUCAUGACCUGCAUCUGGUCAGGCCUUAUAUUCUUAACGACGUCGCCAUGGAGACUCAAUCUAACUCCGACUCUGAACCCGACCUCGACCGGCGUCGUACCGAUACCCUCUCCCGGGUCGUAGGCCAGCCGCGUACGUCCACGGACCACCAGUCCUGAACUGGAUCAGUCAGGGGUCAGAGUGGUCUCCAUGGAGACGGGAAACCAAACGAACAACGUCUGAAACACUAAUCGUUGCUGUCGUGUGCGGGGGUUUCGGUUCCCAGAGGAAAACGAUCUUAGUGUGCGGAGAGAAGUUUGCUGAAGUAAUUCGCGUUACUUUGUCAUCACGUCAUUUUAUACUUGUGACCUCAUCAACUGUAUCUUAACGAAGAAGAACCUGUUUCAUACUUCUAAUAAUACUAUCACCAAUAAGCCCUUCUUUGUGUGAACCUGUCAUCUUUCCCCAGUACCUCAUCCACACAGGGCUUUCCAGAAGCUCACGGGGGAAUUAAACCAGUUCCACAUUUUUGAUGUCAGAAGACGACUUUAGCUCUGUGAAGUCCGAGGGUGUGGUGUCCUACUGCGCCGGGAACAAGCAGCGGGUUCUAAUAAGCGCCCCCUAGCGGUCAGAAGAGGGACAGCGGGUUCUAAUAAGCGCCCCCUAGCGGUCAGAAGAGGGACAGCGGGUUCUAAUAAGCGCCCCCUAGCGGUCAGAAGAGGGACAGCGGGUUCUAAUAAGCGCCCCCUAGCGGUCAGAAGAGGGACAGCGGGUUCUAAUAAGCGCCCCCUAGCGGUCAGAAGAGGGACAGCGGGUUAUAAUAAGCGCCCCCUAGCGGUCAGAAGAGGGGCUGCGGGUUAUAUUAAGCGCCCCCUAGCGGUCAGAAGAGGGACAGCGGGUUCUAACAAGCCAUAGAGACGACCUGUGAAGUGACGUGUUCCUCAGUCCAGACUUGACCGCAACAGCACGGUCAUAAACCCAACAUGUGUCCACAGAUACCCAGUACACCCCCUUCCCGACCGCACCCCCCCUCAUGCAGAACGUGUCCGUCCCCCGUCCCUCUGUCUGUCCCUCCCCGUCCCUCUUUCUGUCUCUCUCCCCCCGUCACCCUGGGCUCGGCCCUUCUCACUGUGAUACCGCGCGGUUUCUUCCUUCCUGUCCGUUCAGCCGCGUUGCUGUAGCGCCGGCACGGCAAAGCUCCGUGCGUCGCGGCGCGCCGGUGCGGUGGAGGGAGUGGGCUCUAGUGUUUACGGUCGGGGGGUCGGACGGUGCUGGGGGGGAUGGGGGGCGAGGAGGACAUGAAUGUUUAUGUGACGUUAGGGAUUUUUUUGAAAACAUUUGGUGUGAAUAAUUUGUACACUGUAGAAUAAUUAAUAAAAAAAAUGAAGGCAUUA